AUGGCUAGCAACGGAAGAAUAUUUCACGUCCUUCUAAGCUUUUCAUUGUUUAUACUCUUUCUGAGGCAGUCUUAUUCGAAGACGAUCAAUAAAUUACAACAAGGCCAACAGCUUAAAGAUGGAGAUGAACUGAUUUCAGCUUCUGGGAAAUUCAGGUUGGGAUUCUUUAGCCCUCUCAUGUCAACAAAUCGUUACAUAGGAAUAUGGCACUUUUCGCCAACAGGGAAGGAUGAUUUUUACUACCACAAAGCUGAUGGUUACUACCAAAACAGCGAACCUGUUUGGGUUGCCAACAGGAACACCCCAAUCUCGGAUAAAUCUGGGAAACUUGUAGUAGAUAGCACUGAUGGCAAUUUGAAAUUUUCUAGCAAUAGCCAAAUUCCUAUUGCAAUAAGUACGGUUCAAGGAGCUAAUAAUACAAAUGGAUCUAUAAGGCGAGUCCUCUGGCAAAGCUUUGAUUAUCCAACUGAUACACUUCUUCCAGGGAUGAAACUGGGGUUCCACUUGCAAACAAGGCAUGAAUGGUUUCUCCAAUCAUGGAAUGAUAUCGACACUCCUGCUCCCGGGCCAUUUACUCUUCGAAUGGAUCCGAAUGUCACAAACCGUUUGAUCAGCUGCAGGCAAAGCGAAGAAGGUUACUGGACUAGUGAGCCCUGGCUAAAUUAUCACUUCAACUUCUCACGUUCAUGGGCACUUAACAAUUACUACAACUUCAGCUACACUUCAAAUGAACAAGAAAACUUCUUCAUUCAUUCAGCAAGUGGAGAUGUACUGCAAAUCUUGAGAAUCAAGGCAGAUGGUGGACUUACAAACGGCAGAGGGUUGUUUGUUUCUUGUACUAAAUAUGGAGGAUGUUGGAAAGAGCAGCGGGAAGAGAUUUGUUUGGCCUGGAAUCGUACUGUUGAUUAUGGGCAUUUCAGACGGGGCUACAUGUUGGGAGAUGGAUUCAAUUUCAGUAAAAACAUGAACUUUUUAGAUUGUCAAGACAAAUGCAUCAAGAAUUGUUCUUGUGCGGCCUUUGCUCCGGCCGAACGUAACUUCACUGACUGUCAGAUUUGGAGUAGAGGAACAAAGUUUAGAAACCAAUUGGAGCACAAUGCACGGUUCAUAUUCAUGCUUGACUUUCACGAUCAAGAAGGAACAGCGAAGAAGAUGAAGAAGCCACCAUGGUUAAUUAUUGAAAUAUUAGGAUCUCUAGCUGCUUUGCUGGUAAUCAUCUUGGGUGCUUUGAGCUAUAAAGUGCGGAGAAAGGACAAGGGAAUAGGUUUGUAA